GUGCUGGGCAGCCUGGCAGAGACGUAUGUGAAGGCGAUCCGCAGUGGGCAGGUGCCCUGUCUGGACAGCGCUGUGGAGUCGCUGGCGCUGAUCCAGAACGGGCGGGCCGUGACCGAGGCGCUGGAGUUCUACGAGAAAGAGAUGGAGCGCUGGGUGCGCUUACCCACCGAGACACAGGAGGCGCUGUCUGAGAUUCACGCUGCUGCAGAGAAACAGGCCGUCAGCAUCUUCAUCAGCGGAUCCUUCAACGACCAGGAACACAAGCACCAGCUCGAGCUCAUGAGGAGCGUGCAGGAGCGGUAUGAGGAGUGGUGUCGGCGUAACGCGCUGGAGUCCAGGCGUGUGUGUCGAGGCGUCCUGUCCCGUGUGUUUGCUGGCCUGGACGAGGCCGUGGGGGGGGGGUCGUACAUGAGGCCGAGGGGGUACAACAGCUACCGCUCAGACCUGGAGAAGGCCACGCAACUCUACAGAGCAGCAGAGGGCACUGGACUACUGAGAGAGGAGGUCCUGACGGAUUAUCUGAUGGAGAAAAGUGCCGUUGGGGAGAACAUCCUGGCGGCUGACCGCUCCCUUACUGAAGCCCAGCAGAGGAUGGAAGCGGAGAAGAUGAAGCGAGAAGAGGCGGAGCAGCAGCAGAGGCUGCUGGAGGACUACAACCACAUCCAAGAGCAGGCCAUCCAGGACCAGCAGAGGAGCAACCAGGAGAACCUGCGGCAGAUGGAGGCCAAGAUGGAGGAGCAGCGGCAGAGGGCCAAAGAGGAGCUGGAGCGUGCAGUCUCCGCUAAACUGAAGGAGCGUCAGGAGUCUUUGGAGGAGGGUUUUAAGGAGCGCGCUCGACUGAUGCAGGAGGAGGUGGACAAGCUGAAGCAGGAGCAGCAGCAGCAGAAGCAGCAGCAGCCGCAGGGCUCCUCCUGGCUGGACACCACAGCUGACGUUCUGGAGACUGGGGGGAUGGCAGCCGCCUUCGUGCCCGGCUGGGGGCUCGCAGGGAUAGGCUCUAUGGUAGUGGGGAAGGUCCUCCGCUGGUUGAAAAAGUAAGCUGGGGCAGGCAGAGUCCUCCACCGAUUAAACUGGGGGCUACUUGAGAUUAGUACAAGUUAUAUAUUCCAUAUUAUAUAUUUCUAAUACCGUAGAGACAUAUGUAGAAUUAUCACAGGAAGUGUUAUUUGAUUCUGAGUCAGUUUCUUUUUGUUCUAAUCUGAAAUAAACUGUAAAUCACUCAUAA